AUGUUUACGAUUCCCGACUACGCCAAGAGACUAUUCGACUCGGUUCCGUUAAAAUCAUACAAAGAUGACACCGAAUAUAUAAAGCCCCAACAAUUUUUCAGCUUUGAUUGUAAACAGCUGGCAUUGGACAUUGUUCUUGGAGUUUACAAUACAUUCCAGUAUAAAGAUUAUAUAUUACCAACGGAUCCAAUAUCACUAUCCACUGCAAUCAUUUUAGCAAAAAAAAAUGGCAUGGGCUUACCACGCACAUUGAGUAAUAGUGGACCAUGCGGUAUAACGUGUAUUCCGUUUCGUGGGUCUCCGUUCAAUUCUCUUCCAAUUUUGAUAGCCGGAGCUGGCACUGGCAUGGGCACUAUUGAAAGUAUAGAAAAGAUUAACCUGAAGAUAGCAUCCAACAACUUCAGUAAUGUUGAAGUAGAAUUCAUGAAUGAAUAUGUAGAUAUGGUCUUGUACGAUCUUUGGAUAUCUUGUUUAUUGGUGGAGAAAUUAGAAUUGAAAGUGUACCAGCAACUUUUCGGUGUAGAGGAUGGCAUGGAAUUGAUGGACUUGAAGACUGAAAUAAGGAAAUGGAACAACUUUGAAGCAAGGCAUCAGAAUCUAUUUGAAAAACUACAGAAACAACCUUAUUUGAAAAAUUUUUACAAAAGUGAAUUAGAGCGGUUUACUGAUAGGCUAAGUGGCAUGGAGGACUUACUAGAUUCCACUUCUGCUGAAGAAAUGAUUUUGGGAUACAAACUUGCUGCUUUUGUUAUUAUUAUUGAUCAAUUUCUAGCGUCAACGAAAAUCGGAGAAAUUUUAUGUUCUAAUCAAUGCUUGAUUGAGAAAUGUUACAAGGUUUUGAAUUUUGAUUGA